AUGUCCACAACGAGGAAACUGAUCACGUUGAAGAGCAGCGACGGCGAGUCGUUUGAAGUCGACGAGGCCGUGGCGAUGCAGUCGCUAACGAUCAAGCACAUGCACAUCGAAGGCCACGUCGACAUUGACGGCGCCAUCCCGCUGCCCCACGUCACGAGCAAGAUCCUGGCGAAGGUGAUCGACUACUGUCAGAAGGAGCUCUACUCGUCUUCUUCCACGGCCGAGGCCGAUGCCGAUGCCGGCGGCGGCGACGAAGAUGUGAAGAGAGCGUGGGAGAUGAGCGAUUUGGCCGGAGUCGGGGAGGACACGCUGUGGGACCUACUUCUGGCGGCCAACUACUUGGAGGUCGAGGGGCUGUUGGAUCUAGCGUACGAGGCUGUGGAGGAGAUGGUGAAGGGAAGGAUCGAUCCGGAGAUAAGAAUGGUUCUCAACCUGCGGGAGGAUCAUCGUUGCUGCCAGAAACCCUGGGCAUGCAUAUGA